AUGUCCAACACGGAAGAAAAGCAAAAUUUUCUGUCUGUUGGCUCUGAACCACAAGUCAACAUCCUCUACUCAUCUUCUGGUUUCGCAGUACUCGAUCCAGAUACCAUCAAGACAAUGGCGAACCCCAGUAAUACCAUAUUUUGCUGGGGCGGCGUAAAGAUAGUGAAGAUAUCUCCUGAAGUUGUGGUCAAAUUUGGCUCCCAUGUCACACUACACGAGGCUAAAAGCAUGGUGUUUGUUGAUCAGAAUACAGAAACUGUCCCAGUGCCCAAGAUCUUUGCUUAUUACUCUUAUGGUCCAAUUGACCGGGACAUCGAUGAUUAUGGGAGCUAUUACGAUAACUAUAUCUUCAUGAGUUAUGUGGAGGGUCAGAGGCUGGAUAAGUUGAAAGGGUAUCUCGAUGAGCUUCGCCAGAUUGAGCACAGGAAUUACAUAGGCUCCGUUGAUCGUGGGCCUCUUCCUGAUCCAAUCCUAGGAGACCUUGAGUUUAAGGAAGAUGAUUUUAACAAUGCAAUUAUCAAUGCGUAUCAAGACAGAGCACCUAAACGUCAUGUCAAGAAUGUCCUGGUUGGUAUGCUUGCGUCUCAGAAAAGACACAAUAUUGUGUUUACCCAUGGGGAUUUUCGUCAUUACAAUAUUAUGGUCAAUAAUGGGAACGUCACUGGAAUCGUAGAUUGGGAGUUCAGUGGUUGGUUUCCUGAACCCUGGGAGUUUAAGCUGCAUGCGAUCGUCCCGUCACACUGCGAUCACCUCCCCAUCGGCCCCUCUGAGUCGAUCUCUAAGCGCCCUGCCCGGAUAGCGCCCGUCGCUCCCCCUCUUCUGCUUCCUCCUGUGCCCUCUCGUGCCCUCUCCCAACCCUUGCUCGGCGCUACCAGCAGCUGCCUCUCCGCGAAUGACAGUCCAGAACUGCUCCCUGUCGCUGUGAUGUCUCUUGCAGCCCGCCUCCCUGGUCCAUCCACCCAACCAAUCUGCUUCUUGCAAUCCUUCGCGCGCUCCCCAGUUGUAGUCUAG